AACCGAAGCAAGAGCUUAAGUAAGCAGGCGGUGUUGUACCAGCUGUUGUUCAGGAUGAAUGCCGCGUUGAGGUCUACUUGCAGUUCCAGUUGCGCUUUGGCGAAAAUAUCCACCAAUAAUGCGCUAUGUUCCUUACCAAGGUUCUGUGCACAGCCCUUCUGCGGGAGCGCCUUAGUAACACGAGCCGUUUCGAAGCCGAAAUUCGAUUAUGAGGAAAUAUUAGUACCAUCUCAUGUCUGUCGAUCGAUGGAUCCUCGCGGAGGCGGCAAGGCAGCCUCGGGCUUUCAGUUUAACGUCGCUUACGCGGCCAUCGUCGGGGCAUACGGGUUGCUCUUCCUCUUCAAGAACCCGUACAUUUUUGCGGCGCUAUCAAUAUUGACCAUUAUCCCGCAAAAUUCCGCCAUUACAUCGCUUAACAGCCUCGUCAUCCUGUUCUACGAUAGCGGCUUGUUCAUGAACUUUGCGGAGGCAGUCUACUGCGUUCGGCUGAUGACCUGCAGCUUUGGAGUUGAGGCUACGGGUUAUGUCCGUUCCCUGCUCCGAGAACAGCUGUUGCCGAGUCGCAGGCUACACGUGGGCCUUCUGCAGAACGAUUGUGUGGACCAGCAGGGGGGCCUGAUGGAGGAACGUGAUCACACGCAGCUGCUGGAGCUGCACGGAUCUCCGUCUGAGCCAGCAAUUGUGGUUUGCCAUAACCUACCGCCAUUCCUGGGGCGGCCGACGCCUCGUUGGCGCAGCUGUGAGCCCUGCCCCCCACCUGGUUUACGAGAGCUGGUUCGGAUACCUGCUGAUUUUGUGGCCGCUCUCAACUCAAUGGACGAGAUAUGGGUUCCCACGGAGGCGUCUCGCAUCGCACUGAGCAACUCGGGUGUAGUGCGGUCCCUGCAUGUGGUGCCGCUGGGCAUCGACACCCAGGAGCUCGACAGGACCCGCGUGCGACCGACGGCACUGCCACCGCCCAACGCUGUGCAGGUGUUCGGUCCGCUCAGUGGACGCAAGCCCUCCUUCGCCUUCAUCUCAGUCUUCAAAUGGGAGCUGCGCAAGGGCUAUGAUGUGCUGCUGCGGGCCUUCCUGGAGGAAUUUGGUGCUGCAUCGCGACAUCAGGUUUCGGCGCCUGAACGUUUCCGCGAGGAGGACAGCGAUUUUAGUGGCACUGCCAAGGCCAAGCACCGGUCACAUCAGCCCAGUGGCAGCGCGCUGCGCCCCACUGGUGUACAGGCGCUCACGAAGACGGCCGCGGCGACCGGUGAUUGUGAAGAUCCGGACGUGGCACUGUACAUUUUGACCAAGCCCUUCCUGCCUGGGGAACCAGGACCGGGCCUUGAAGGUAUGCGGGGUGUCAUGGUAGUGACAGGCAGUUGCUACCAAAGGUUGGGCGGGCAUGGUAGAUUUCGGCAAAUCGCUUCUUUUCGUAGAGCACUUGCAGGUGCCCGUGUGAGGGGCCUCCCCAUUACGGAGGCCAUGUCGUUGGGCCUAACCGUCAUUGCAACCAACUGGUCUGGGCCUUCCGCCUAUUUGGACGAGGAAGUGGGCUACCCGCUGUCGUAUAGGUUGGAGGCCGUGCCUUCGAGUGAACCGUACUGGUACCAGGGCAGCCAGUGGGCGGAGCCGUCGGUAAUUCACUUGAGGCAGCUCAUGCGCACCGUUGCGAGCUGCAGCGGCCGCGGGGAUGCCAAGGCUCGUGGCGAGGCGGCCCGGCAGCGCGUGAUAGAGCGGUACUCCCAACCCGUUGUAGCCCGGCUGGUGGCGGCAGAGCUGCGACGCAUCGCUGACUUGACCCCCAUACGCGGUCAGGGCGCAGGUGCACGGCUGGGCAAAGGCUUUCUAAAGGCCGAGUUGGGGUAA